AUGGACCAAAUUAAGCCUCCGAAGAAUUUAGUUCUGUCUAGGGAGAGCAUGAACGCUGCGCUGGACGCCCUCCGAGCUGGGCGACGCAUCUUAGAGGCUACUGAAGAAGUGGCCCGGGUUAUUUCUUCCAGGACGGUUAGCCGACCUCCUGCCCCAACUUCUUCUCGAGCUCCUAAACUGAGCUCCCGAAGUACCAGAUCUUCCAGGCCAUCUAGCCGUAACAGGCCGAGCUCGGCCAGUCAAUCUUCCCAGGCUCCAAAAUCUACGCAAGUUGCAGUUCCUAGGAAGGAGGGGACUCCCCAGAUCACCGUCGGGUCGGUUGAGGACAUCGAGCUGGUGAGGGAGGAUCUGGCUGUGCCUUCUGAGGGUAUUUCUGAGGAGGUGCCUGGGACACACCCUGUCGACGUCAACGCCCCAGAGGGCGAGAAAGAGACCAGCCUGGCAGGGGGAGAUAUUCAGGGGGCUGUUACUGAAGUUGCCCCUGUCAUUGAGGGAGUAGGACCCAGUCCAAUUGAUGACGAGGCCGUAGCGGAGGAGGUCGGGAGUAAGCGUCCUCCUCCUUCUAAUGCACCUGCCCCUGCUCCUAAGAGAUCCCGUGCUUCACAAAGGCCGGCUCUGGCCCUGCCUGCUAUUGGAAAAGAGAAGGCUUAUGUGGUGCCUCUGCUGUCUGCCCCAGAUAACGACAUCCUAAAUGCAGAGGACAUCACUCACCAGUCCCCAGCAAGCGUGGUAGCUGAGUUAAUCCGGGAGCGGAUGUUUGGCGGGGUCACGGAAGCCUCAGACCCUCGCUUGCUUGCUCUCAUUGGCCUUCUGGCCAGCUCCACUCGUGAGCAGGCAGCGUUCCGAUCUCGCCCUCGAGGGGAGCUAGGAGAUAUUAUCAGGGAGAUGCUCCUUAUGGUGAUGGGCCUAUUUAUGGAGGUAGAUGCUCGUGACCACACUCUCCAGGAGUCAGUGGAUCGCCGGGUCGAGGAGGCACAUUUGGAGGAAAACCUGUCUGCCACCAGUGACGCCCAAAGCAAUCUCGCUGCAGCUCGAGAGCAUUCCAAGUCCUUACAGGCAGAGCUGACAUAUGCCCUGGAUGCUCUCAAGAGAGCGGAUGAGAAGGCAGCUGAAGCAGAUAUUCGUUGUAAAGAAGCCCUAAAACAGUUGUCUUCUCUGGAAGAGGUCCAAAGGGAGAGAGAUGAGGUCCGCCACCAGUAUGAGGCCUUGAAGGCAGAUUUUGAGGCAGCCCAGUUCCAACACAAGGCCGUGAUGGCUCAGAGGGAGGAAGUCCUGGCUCGGGUAGUGGUCCUCGAGCAGGAGCUGGUCAAGCGGGCAGAAAGUUUUAAAGACCUGACCUUGGAGGCUGAGACAACAAGACUCCAAAAUCAAUAUCUCAGCCAAGAGGUCGAGGCUCUGAAGAAGAGAUGCUCAGCCCUGCUUGAGGAUGCUAAGCUGGCUGAAGAUAGGGUUCAGCUGGAGUGCGAGGAGCGUUUAAGGGAGUAUAAGGAGUCCCCCGAGCUGAAGAAGGAGAUCCAGCAGGCCGGUGAAGAUUAUCUCCAAGAUUACAAGAAUUCUUUUGAGUUUAGAGCCGAGAUGGCUGAGGCCUGCGAGAGACGACUUGCGGAAUAUAAGGCUUCUGACGAAAUGAAGAUAGCGGAGGAUUCCGAUGGUGAGGACGUGAUUUAUGGGGAGGACGACAGACCUUUGCCAAAAGGGGCUUUUCGCGCUGCGGUUGGACCUUCUGAGGCAGACAUCGAGCUAGAUGGAGAAGAAGUGGAGGUCUUCGAACCUGAGGGGGACGACGACGGGCUUCAAGAGAAGGAUGUAGAGUUAGGAGAGGAAGGCACUAGGCCUCAGGGGCAGGAGGUGGUGCUUUUUGUAGGUACUGGGGGGUCUGAGCGAGGGGAUGCCAGACCUCCCAUAGACAGCAAUGUAAAUAUAGAUAGUGUGAAUGAUAGUGAUGUAAAUGUAGAUGAUAAUGCACCUAGGCAUGUAAGUCCUUUAAGGACAGAUUUUCCUUCAGUAGAGUAG